UCACUAAUUACAAUGCAAUUUACGAAGUUUCAAAAUAAUGUAAAAGUACAAUUGAUUACGUUGAACAUACGUUUCAACUACGAUUCCCAGUGAGCACUGCGGUAAAAAAAAUCACGUACUUACUCCAAAAUUAAAGUUUAGUAGUAGGCUAUUUACCUUAGAUUAACCUUUUAUUUUGAAAUUAAGUUUGCUACGUCGGAGCCGCUUCCUGUUCAACAUUUGCAGUGUUCCUAUUUCUCGACAGCGCUGGAACUGAAAGUCGAAGCUGUAUAUUUUUUCUGCUCUAACAAUGAAUUACAAAAUACGUGCUGCAACAAAAGAAGACUGCAAAGAUAUAUCUAGGAUGAUAACGGAGUUGGCGGUUCAUGAUAAAAUGUCGGACCAAGUGAAGCUAUCAUACGAAGAACUGGAGUAUGAUGGCUUCUGCCAGAAUCCCUUCUUUGAAUGCCUUGUUGCAGAAGUAUCCGAGGAGCAUAAAUCUAAAGAAGGAUUCACAACUGUUGGAUACGCCCUUUACUUUUACACUUACAGUACAUGGAAGGGACGAUCACUGUAUUUGGAGGAUCUGUAUGUAAUGCCAGAAUUUCGAGGAAAUGGCAUUGGCAGUGGUUUACUGAGCAAGGUUGCUGAGGUAGGCAAAAAGAAGAAGUGUGUGCGGUUGCAGUUGUCUGUGUUGAACUGGAAUACUCCAGCUCGAGACUUCUAUGCUGCUAAAGGAGCUCAGGACCUUACUGUUAAUGAAGGCUGGCACUCAGUUCGUUUUGAUGGACAAAACCUGGACAAUUUAGCAAAUGAAGCACCUAAAGAUGUUUAGGUUUCCAUGGAAAAUAUGUGCA